AUGGAGCAGUCACGACCACGGAACAAAGAUGCAGUGGUCGAGAUUGUUACCCAAAAUGUAAAAUCCCAUUUGGCAAAUCUUCCAGAUGAUCUUGAAAGCAAAGGCAAUAGAGCUUCGAUCUAUAGAAUACCAGAGCAUAUAAAGAAGGUUAAUCCAAACGCAUUCAAACCGCAGUUGAUAUCGUUCGGGCCAUAUCAUCAUGGGGAGCUGCAUUUGAUGCCCACGGAGAAGGUGAAACAUUUAGCAUUUCGCUACUUUGAAAAGCGCUGCGGAUUGUCCAUUGAAGACAUGGUGAAUGAAGUGUGGGAUAUGUUGGAAGAUCUGCAGAGAUCGUAUGAUAAACUUGAUGAUAAAUGGAAAACAGAACCAGCCAAAUUUUUGGAGAUCAUGAUCUUGGAUGGUUGUUUUAUUAUACAAGUCUUGUUGGGUCGUUCACCUUUAUGGACGUUGCCGCUUGAGGAUGUACUGCGAGAUGUGUUGCUGCUUGAGAAUCAGCUGCCCAUGAAGCUUCUUGCCAAGCUAUGUUCCAUGUUAAUGCUAGAGGGAGAGGGAGAGCAUAACAAAAAUGUCGAAUCGCUUGUUAGGGAGUCGCAGAAGAUACCCGCCUAUUUAAAGAAAAUGUUAAUGGAGAACGACUACUCACACAUUCUAGAUAUGUAUAGGGCCGAAUUGCAGUAUUACGAGGGGAAUGAACAGGAACGACAUCAAAUCAGCCACACAGAAAUGAGAUUCACACACUUUGAAAUGAUAUUCGGACAGUUGGGAAUGAGACUCAGCCACUUGGGAAUGGGUCAUGAGAUUCAGCUAGCCAGACGCUUCCAUAAAGCUGGGAUCAAACUCAAGAAAGGGUGCAACCUUAGAGACGUGGAUUUUGAUCAAAACAAAGGUGUGUUGAGCCUCCCGUUCAUCGAAAUGAAUGCUAACAUUGAAUCAGGCUUAUUGAACGCGAUGGCAUUUGAGAAGCUUUUAGGGAUUGGUAAUAUAGUAGGCUCUUUCGUCAUCUUGAUGGGUAAUUUGCUAGAGAAAGAUGAGGUAGAUUCAUUCAAUCAGCUGGCCAAAGGCACGGUUUUAGGCUUGUGGGGCCACUACCCUACGGUCUACAAAUCGGUGAAUAACCAUUGUAAGAGGCCAUGGAAAAUAUGGUGGACGACUCUCAAAGAUGUCAACUUUCAAAGUCCGUGGACCAUUAUCUCUACUUUUUAUGCUUUGAUCGGUUUUGCACUCCUUAUUAUCCAAACCGUAUACGGAGUGUAUGGCUACUAUCUCCCACGUCCAUCUUGA